AUGUCAGGGACGAACACAACAAUCUAUUCACCAGUCGUGGUUCCCUCGUGCUUUCGCCACUUCAUUUGUCCUAUAGUCUCAGAUGCAGAUUAUGAUUUUUCGGGUGAAGGAUUAAAAGUAAGGGAGCCCUUGCAUCAGCGAAUAGUUGAUUCACUUCACUCGGGAAAAAGAGACGAGGCAUCAAACUUUCUUGUCGACCUGGGCAAUGCAAACUUUUCUUUGGGUGUCAAUGACUUCAUUGAUAUUCUUAAAUAUUGUGCACGGUCACCUGAUCCUCUGUUUGCCAUGGAGACUUGGGCAGUCAUGGAGAAAAAUAAUGUGACCCCAAACCUUAGGUGCUAUAUCCAAAUGGUGCAAGCGCUUUGUAGUGGAGGCUAUCUAAAGGAGGCAUCUAACUUGAUCGCUUAUGCUGGAGAGUGUAAUGAUGUCUACCCUGUUUUGACAUUGUAUAACGUGCUGCUAAGAUCCUGCUCUAAAAUGCAACAUUUGGUGCACGUUAAUGUCUGCUUAGAUUUGAUGGAGCGUAGAAUGGUGGGGAAGAAUGAGACUACAUAUUUGGAACUUCUGGAGCUUGCAGUUUGGCAGAAAAAUAUGUAUGCAGUCCAUGAGAUCUGGAAUAAUUAUAUAAGACAUUAUACUCCUAGUAUAGCGGCUUUGCGGAAACUCAUUUGGUCCUUCGGAAGUUUGGGAGAAACACAGUCUGCCUGCAAAGCAUUGCAGUACAUGGUGACUGUGGCCUUUGUAGGAUGGAAUAAGGUGAUCAGCUCUAGUGAAGAAAGCAACAUAUGGAGAGGCAAUUGCAAAGGACGCUAUUCUUCAAGAUUGGACAUUCCUGUCCCUUACAAUUGUGACCUGGUUUCACUGGACUUUGACUUCAAGCAAAAUAAGCAGUUGAUUCCUCUAUCAUCGGAUCAUUGCAGUGCUUUUGGUAAUGAAAGAGUUACGAGUAAUGGGUUUGUCAUAGAUCAGGAUGCCCCUGAAAUAAAAACCCUGAAGUCCUCUUUUGAUGAGCUCAUUAAUGUCUGUGCUAAGACUCGAAAUAGUGGAUUGGCAAAGCAGUUAAUGUUGCAGAUGCAAAAGAUAGGGAUACAACCUUCAAGUCGUGCGUAUGAUGGAUUGGUUAGAGCACUUGCUCGUGGGGAAGGAUUGACCGAGGGCAUGAAUGUGUUAAAGCUAAUGCAACAGAGGAAUUUGAAGGCACACGACUCGACUCUUGCCACUCUCUCAAUUGGCUGCAGCAAAAAUUUUGAACUCGACCUGGCAGAGGAUUUGCUGAAUGAACUUUCUGCUUCUCCAUAUCCUUAUCCUUGUAAUGAAUUUCUCCAAGCCUGCGAUAGAUUGAAUCAACCUGAGCGUGCCUUGCGGAUGCUGGCUAAGAUGAAAAAGUUAAACCUUAAGCCUGAUAUCCGGACAUAUGAACUGCUCAUUUCCUUGUUUGGAAAUGUGAAUGCUCCAUAUGAAGACGGGAACUUGUGGUCACAGAUCGACUGUUCUAAAAGAAUAAAAGCUAUAGAGAAGGAUAUGGCUGAAAAUUGUGUGGAGCACAGUCGUACUUCAAUUAGAAACCUGCUGAAAGCACUUGGGGCAGAAGGGAUGAUUGAUGAACUAGUUCAACGUUUACGUUCUGCGGAAGACCUUUUUUUUCGUAACAAUAUUUAUUUGGGUACCCCAGUCUACAAUACGGCCCUACAUUCAUUGGUCAAAGCUAAGAAUAUCCAUUUGGCCAUGGAAAUAUUCAAAAAUAUGAUGCUGAGUGGUGUCUACCCGGAUGCUGAAACUUACAAUAUAAUGAUUGACUGUUCCAGUGUUAGUCAGUGUUUCAAGUCUGCUUUAUCAGUGCUCUGCUUGAUGUUGCGAGUUGGGUUUGAUCCGGUAGCUGCUACCUACACAGUACUCAUGAAGAUUCUAAUGGAUAAUGAGGAUUUUGAUGAAGCUUUGAUUCUUUUGGAUCGCAUGGGGCUAGAAGGAAUUUCAGUUGAUGUACUGUUGUACAACACAGUUCUGGAUAAAGCAUUCGCCAAGGGCAGAGUCGACAUUACUGAAUAUAUGGUUGAGCAUAUGCGAAGAAACAGAGUCCAACCAGAUCCAUCUACCUGCGCCGCUGUGUUCUCCACAUACGUGAGACGUCAGUUUUAUGACACAGCAUUGCAAGCAUUGACAGUGUUAAGCAUGCGGAUGAUGCUCCGUCAAGAAGACGCCGUGCUCGAAGAAUUGAAGGCAAAGUUCGAAGCCGAUUUGGUCCUUUCUGAAGCCUCAGAACCUGAGUCGGAAAUACUCGAGCAUUUCACAACUUCGGAUGAGGACAUCCUCACUGUUGCCCUCUUGAAUCUACGAUGGUGUGCGAUCCUCGGUUCCCCUAUUUCUUGGUCACCCGACGAGACCCCAUGGGCAAGAAGGCUUGCUGCUGACUACGAUACCAGAAGGAUGCUUGUUUGA